AUGAACAGGUUAUUAGGUUUCGUGGUCCUCUUGCUGGCAGUCAUACUAUACGUCGAAGCACAAAAGCAGAAAGUUGAGAGAGUUCCUCUGUCGUUCCACGGAGACGUAUGCGACAAAAUCUGUAGCAAGAAAGAGGGAUGGGAUAAAUGUGAGAAGGAAAAGAAACGAAAUGAAUGGGAGGUGACAUGCACGGACACUCGAAAGUCAGGACCAGGCGGGAAAGGAGGACCUGGAGGUUUAAGUCCCAGUGGACCAGGCGGAAAAGGUGGACAUGGUGGUCCAGAAUCAAGUGGGUCAUUCAAUAAAGGGCCAGGGGGACAUCAUUGA